AUGCUCGGAAAUCCAAAAAGAACCAUCCUCAAUCAACAUGAAAAAUUAUUUGAUACUAAUAAACCUUCAAUUGCAAUUGGUGUGAAACCACACGCAAUAAAAACUCUCGAUCAUCCUCCACCAACAUCUAAACCAUUUUAUACUACUCCAACACCUGCAUUACUUGUACCCAAACAUGAUGGUACUUGGCGAAUGGUAGUAGACUAUAAGAAGUUAAACAAUAUUACAAUUAAAGAUAAUCAUCCAUUACCCAAUCUGGAACAAGCAAUCCAAAUAUUAGGUGAUGGUUAUAAAUUCUUUUCGAAACUCGACAUGAAAAGUGGGUUUUGGCAAAUUCCAAUUGAAGAAGAAGAUAAACAUAAGACUGCAUUUAUCACCACUGAAGGUCUUUAUGAAUGGAAUGUUUUAACUCAAGGAUUAAAAAAUAGCCCACCAUCUUUUCAACGAGUAAUGACCGAUAUAUUAUCUACAUGUCGACAAUUUUCAUUGGUUUAUAUUGAUGAUAUCGUGGUGUAUUCUCGUUCAUUUGAAGAACAUCUCAAUCAUCUUGCACAAGUAUUAGCUGCUUUAUGA